AUUUUUGUUCCGUAAUACGUUGAUGAGACUACUUCAACAAAUCCUCACCGAGCACGAAAGCCUCAUUCACGAUGCCGCAUACGAUUACUAUGGCAGGCGCUUGGCUACGUGCUCUUCUGAUCAGAGGAUAAAAAUAUGGGACUUGAAUGAUUUGCAAGGAUGGGUCUGUACGGCAGAUUGGAAGUCACACAGCGGCGCCAUAUGGAAGAUCGACUGGGCAGCGCCCGAGUUUGGACAAGUGAUAGCGUCGUGCUCAUUCGAUCGAUCGGUGUGUAUAUGGGAAGAAGCGGAAGACGAAAGCGCAUUAGGUGAAUUGAAAAAAUGGAAAAAAAAGGCGUCGUUUGGAGACAGUCACGGAUCUGUCUCUUCAGUCAAAUUUGCACCGCCUCAUUUUGGAUUAAAAUUGGCCACCUGUUCAGAAGACAAUAUAGUCCGAAUCUAUGAGGCAACUGAUAUUACAAACUUAUCUCAGUGGCAAAUUACCGAUCAAUUUGACACGUGCGAAGGAGGCUCAGGGGGCGUCAUGUCCAUCGCAUGGAACACGUUUAUCUUAGACCCGCCGACAUUGGCUAUCGGGACAACAUGCGACCCCAACCCAAGAAUAUGGCAAUACAACGAAAAGACGAGAAAAUGGCAGGUCAUCGUUACGCUAACUGGUCACAAAGACGUUAUUCACGAUAUCGCCUGGGCCCCGAACAUGGGAAAGAGCUAUCAUUUGAUCGCCACUGCCAGCAGAGAUCAGACUGCUAAAAUAUGGCAGUUGACGCCGGUCAAACAAGGACAAUGGGAGCCGAAAGAGAUUGCCUCCUUAGAUGAUCACCGGGCAGAAGUCUGGACCGUUGAGUGGAAUACCACAGGAACAGUUUUAGCCUCUUCUGGAGAAGACGGGACGGUUAGACUGUGGAAAUCCAACUAUAAAAAUGAGUGGACGCUUAUAAGUAUCAUUGCCGCGGAAGCAACCUAAAAUUCACACAAAUAUCGCCAAAUCCCGCCACCCGGCCAAAAGUAUAUUCGCCGGAAACCGCGUGAGCGCAAUAAACCGACCACCGCUCUAACGCGCUUUUUCCGCUGGAUGGGAUACAGAUUGUCAUCGCCCGCGCGGUGCAUACAGGUGGUAUGUCGAGGACUGAGUGAUGGCAGAUGAGCAGAAAUGUGUCAAAAUGGUUUGACAGGUAAAACUAUAAAUUUAGAUGUCAAAAAGAGCGGGUGGAAAUGAUAAUAUAUGCUAAAUUUGGAACAAAUCAAUAUUUGCUUCUUGGACUUGUACGAGAAGUUCUUGAUCAAAGAACUUGCUAAUUGUGAUGUCUUCACCCAGACCUUUCCUCCUACGAGUUUUCAUCAUGAAGUCGCGUGCGAGGUGGGCAGUAGGCGCAGGCUCGAGCGGUUUGAGGACUAUAGACGAGUCUAAAGGAUUUCCAGGAACCAAUGCCCAGUGGUCGAAAGAAGAAAGACAGAACGCUUGUCCUUGAGUGUGCGUACGCAGGUCCGUUUCGAAUCCAAAACUGUCAAUGCAGGGUAAGAAGGCCUUAAUCGUGUAAAGGGGCGUUCCUGGUUUUGGCUUUUCAGUAACGACGUGUCCACGUCUGCGGACCAGAACUCUGUCUAUGGCCGACAAACACUCGUAUGGCGCUAUAAUAUAUACAGAAUACACCGGUUCCAUCAAUCUGGGGGUAGCUGUGAGAAAUGCGCUAUAAGCAACGCGACGACUUGUGGGAAUAAUCUGUGUACCGUUCCUUUGUAUAGACUCAUCAGCAAUGUUGGCAUGUAUUAACUUGAAUUUCGUAUUGCGAAUCGGGUCUUCGCAUAACGGACCCUCUCUUGUAGCCCAAUUAAAACCGCGGAUGAUAUGGUCUUGUACUUGAGAUAGCUUUUUUUGGCAGACCUCGUCUGGUAGAGUAUCGUUGACCAGAAUAUUGGGACUGUACGAUUCAGGACCAAACGCCCAAAUGUUGAUUGCAGCCAUCGUGUCCCACUUGUAUCGAGUCUUUAGAAAGUGACGCAACGCCUUGCUGGGCGUCUUAUUCCACUGGAUCUUUCCGCUCUCGAUAUCGGUGGCCAGUCCCUUUUCUAACGGCUCCGCGAUCAUCGUCAGUCGAUUCAUCUUGUUCGGCGUCUCGGCGUAGCACUUGAUGCUGGAUGUCUCCACAACCGUCUCGCUGAACACCACGACAGGCUCGGCAACCUUGAUCUCAAUAUCGGUAAAAACCUUUCUUAAGUCAUACAUGACAGAAUCCAAGUACAUCUCUCCCGUGCCCAAUAUGAUGCGCUCCCCGGACUCCUCGACUCGAGUCACCAGCAUCGGAUAUGCCUUGUUCACCUUGCGCAGUCCUUCAACUAACUUGGGCAGCUCGCUGGGAUUUAGCGGCUCCACGGCGAUCUUGAUUACCGGUAAAGUCGAAAAACGUAGCGGACAAAAAAUAUCGUACCUCUCCAUUUUUGGAGAAAUAUUUUGUGUGGUAAUUGUGGCAGUCUUGACAAUGAGGUCGUCGACGCCGUCGAGUGCAAUCCAAUUUCCCGCCGGAUUCGCCCAGCACCCUAACUCGGUCACCUUGCCGAAUGCAGCCGCUGAACACACGUCCAAACGCGUUGAAAUGGUCGGAGGUGCGAUCUGGAUAUAGCUUGGAAAUAUGAAUCAUCAGCGGACCCUCUGGAUCGCACUUUUCCAUCGCUCGAGCGCAAAAAGAGUCACCUGGCCCGCUGUAGAUAUGGGCCACCUUGCGCGGCGCGGCGGCAACGGGGCUAGAGAUGUGCGUCACCAACAUGUUCACCAGGCCAUGAUGACCCUUAAAGAAGUUCUUCAAGACCACGUUUAGCAAGGGGUGAACGUUCAAAUUCGUCUCUGACUUUGUCAGGCGAAUGUUCAGAGAUUGAAGGUUCUCAGCCAUUCGAUCUGCCUCCUCACCAAUAACCUGUGCGUAAAUUUUGUAUAUAGGCUCUAACACAAAUUGCACAAAUGUAUACGUAGCCGGCGCCGAGGUAGACUCUGGGGGUUUGGUUGAAAACGACAGCGUGUCUGGAUGGUAAUAAAUGCUUCCCCAUAACCGACGAGCAAACUGGUCGUAAGAAAGGGGUACCCGGUAUAUAUCAGAGUAGAGCUUGGCAAACUGCAAUAAACUGAAUGACCAUUCGUGUUCUCCGGACGCGAAAA